UUCCUGCUCUGAUCUGGAUUCUGACUCUGCCGACCAAUCUGUUUCCAUGGGUUCUUCCCAUGACCAGGAUAAUCUAUCCAUCUCUUUCUUCUCCAAAGAUGAAUAUUUUCCACAAGCACUUGAUUAUCCACCCCAUGCACAGUCACCCCCAUCCCCACCCCUUAGUUGUAAUCCCUUCUUGGUAACAUCACAUUCCCCCAUUCCUCCUUGCUCCCCAGAUGAGGGCUACCCCUCAGCCCUGGAAUCCCCAUCUCCAGAUUACUUAGGAGUCAAAGGUGACAUGGAAGAUUUAGAUCCAGAGGGUACCAAGCUGGACUUACUUGACUUCUUAGAAUCUGUUGGGGAGUUUGGAAAAAUGGAGCGCUUCAGCCAGGUGAUUCAAGUAGCUCAUUGGGAUCUGGAGGGAGAGCAACACUGGGAUGUUCUGAGGGAUCGGUUGGAUCACCUAGAUCGCUUGGAGAAAGUGAACAGGGAAGUAAAGCUAGCCUACAUUGCAAGACUCCAUGAGAAGGGGUUAGAUCUUGGAGAUCUGGAAGAGCAGGACCUCUCAGACCUCAUGGAUGAAAUGGGCAACAUUGACAUUCCCUGGAAGCUGAGUAAAGCCCGUGGAGAAAGUAUAGGGGACUCUGGGGAGUUUUCUGAUGCUGGGGUGGACCUCACUGCUCCAUCAGAUUGUGAUGAUCCUUUUAUGCCAGAUUCUCUCACUCCUUCCCCGAUGGAGCCACCCCCUAGACCACCCAAGCCUCCAGUGCGUCAUGCUAGCGUGACUUCUGAUCUCCACACGUACAUCAAUAUCAGCAGGGAGACCACCUCAAUGGCUGUCUCUACCUGUCCUACACCCACACUUUCUACCUUCUCACCUAACUCGUCAUCCCCAACCUUCACUACUUUUAGAUGUGAGAAGCCUCUACCUCCAUCUCCCCCAUCCGUUCCUCCUCUCCCCGUUUCUAAGCCUGUCCCUUAUCUCACUCUCUAUACUACUCCUUCUCCACCUCCAUCGAUCCCAACCCCAACUCCUCUCAUCCCUCCCCCUCGGAGGCGGCAUCUUGCCAGGAAGGAAGCGCAAAGGCUGGCAGCUCUUCAGGCUGAACAGGAAAAGACCCCCUUGUCUCUCCCACCACCUACAACACGCCCACCACCCCUUCCUCCUCCACCAGUUAUUUCAGUAUCAUCAUGCUCCUCAUCUCCCCCUGCCAUCCCACCACCGCCUGCACUGGCUCCUCCUGCCUCCUUCCAUGCCCUGGAUGUAGAGAUUCGGAAAUUAUUGAUGCUUGCUGGAUUGACUCAAGCUGAGCUCCUCAAACUCAGUCCAGAGCUUGGGGUCUGUGUUGGGGGUUUAGAAGACGAGGGCUACGUGGAUAAUGUUAGCCCAGCCAGAUCUGUGCAGCCACACAGGUUCAGGCAAAGUACUGACAGAGAGGAGAUGGAAUGUCAGUCAGAGGUCAUGACCAAAGAUGGAUGGAACAGAAGUAAACUGGAUGGAGAACGAAGACUGCUCGGAGAAGCUGAAGUAUGCAAUAAGAAAGAUGACAUGAAAGACCCACAAAGAACCACCUCUUUUACUGAAAUGGCCAGGAGAAGGAAGAGGAACAGUGGUCUGACUUCUGACCCUUACUAUACCACGAGUCUCAGCAGUGCACAUGAAAGUACGGUGAAGAAUAUGAGCUUUGGUGCAUUUCAAUAUGCCAGCAAUGUGCCAGACUCUCCUCCCCCUCCACCACCUCCACGUCCCUUACCCCCAGUUCCCUCUUCAGCAACACCCCUCAAAGUCAGCACGCUACCUGCCAACUCUGCACAGCCUGAGCGAUUUGAUUGGCUCAUUGCAUUCACGCCUGACUGUGAGCCGCCCCUGCAACCUCCAUCCCUGGAAAUGAGAAAACCUCACGUGGAAACCCAAAAGAAUUCAUCUUCAGGAUUAGGUCCAAAGGUUACCACAUUCAAAGAGCUGCGUUUUCGCAACAAAAAUGUCUCCCCUUCAACUAAAGUGAUCACCGAACCAGAUCCUGAUCCCACGGUCAUUACUCCAGACCCAGAUAUACUGUACAACUUGAAGUGGAGAAGAGAGAAGGUAGGCAGUGACGGCAACCAAUGGGAAUACACCUCUCAGGCUCAGGCCUUCUUCAUGCAGCCGCCGCCAGCUCUCACCUCAAUGGCUGCUUUGAAGGAAAUGCUCCAGAGAGCAGACAAGGAGGGUGGAUACCCAGAGCUGUGCCCAUCACAGAAGAUCGGCUGCUCAGUGAGUGACAGCAGCCUGUGGACCGUAGGCAAAGAGUGUGAAGGGGCAGAGGUUCAGCGGGUGGAGAAAGAAGGGAAAGAAGAAGAGGUGAGAGGACGAGCUGAUGGAGGCUGGACAUUUGAAUUAAGAACUACAACUGUUCGCAGCAUCUCGUUUGCUGGCUCAGUGCAGAGCGGAGAGCCGUCUUGCAUAGGAGAUGAUGUGAAGCAGUCAAUGAGAGAUGCUGGACUGUCCUCUCUCUCUGGUCAGUGCCGUCAGUGUGGCGUGGCAGCCGUCCUGGCCCAUUUAGGUUCUUCUCGGACCGUAGUUCAGAAGUCCUUAUCAGGAGACAGCAGCAUAAAUCCAGCUCUGGGCCGUGUGGUGCUGCAGUGCCUCUGCCCCGCCCUGCACAACUUGCUGUCUGAUGGACGUAAACCUCACCAGAGUGAUCUGAUUGCCGGCAGGAGGCCAAAUUCAACCUGGGGUCUCGUGCAGGCAUCAACCCGGCCAGGUCCCAAAACUCAGGCCUUGUUUACCCUACAAGUUAGAGUUGGUGAGCUUCCUCAGCUCAAACAGAGUAAUCACAGGUUCAACGCCUUCCUCCUCGGCCUACUCAAUAUCAAACAUCUUGAUUUCUGGCUGUCCCACCUUCAGUCUUGCGGUGAUGUUUUGGAGACGCAUUACCAUCCCUCCUCCUUUAUGCGCUUGUCACGGACCACCUGCCAGCCUCUUUUCGAUGAGCUGCUCCUCUUGUUGCAGCCUCUCAGCCUGCUGACCUUUAACCUUGACUUGCUCUUCCAACACCAUCAUUUAGCACCAGACAGCCACAGCCCAGAGAUCCCCAGUCCACCCGUUCAGGAUGCAGGAUCUCAGCAGCCAACCAGGACAUCCCUUUCCAAGAGUCGUGGUACCAGCUAUCUUGAAAGCCUUUCAGAAGUAGAUUUUGGAAGCCCAGAACAUAAAACAGCUUUGAAUAGUGCAAAAUCUUCACCUUCAGCAAAUCCAGUGCAUGGAAUACAGUCACCAGUUAGCAAUGAUGCACCCAUAAAGGCCUCAGUGACUCUUGAGCAGACAAGUCCACAGCUGUUGUGGGUGCAGGAAAAGGAAAUUGGAAAGUUGCCGCCUCCUGUUGUUGAAGAGGACAGCUUGGCUCAGCAGGCAGGACAGGUGAUCCAGCAGGGAUGGGGUGCUAUGAUACGCUGGGGAGGUAAACUGAGCCAGAACCUGGUUGAGUUGGGUCGUGCAGCAGUGCAGAACCAGAAAGAGGAAACAAAGAUGGAUCCACAGGACCAGGCAGGGAGCGGCUCCACUUCCAUCAGCAGUAAUAAUCAGGUCCCCUGGGGUCUGGAGAGGCUGUUUGGAGCGUCUAAAAGUCCCAACAGCCCUACUGGUCAAACACCACCAUCCAGACGUCCCUCACAGUGGUUGGCUCCUGGUGUCACAGCACUAACCCGAAUGGUGAGCAGCAGCUCCACCCUGAUGAUGAGUGCCCCAGAGCCCCAGGACAAACCAGAGCCAGAGUCAGACAGAGAGGCAGAAACACUGGAUUUGAACACCAAACCCAAACCACUCAGGUCAGUACGAAUGCUGUGCGACUACUCUGGAACAGGCUCGGCACUCAGUUUCUGCAAGGGGGAGGAGCUUGUGGUAUUAAGUGGCGUUGACCAAGACUGGAUUCGCUGUCGUCAGGGAAACAGAGAGGGGCUGGUACCUAUUGAAUACACAUCCCUCAUCAUUUGACUUCAGCACUGUAACUGCUGCAAUCAAUCAGUGAAAUACAAAAUGAAAUGAUUAUUUUAGUCAACUAUUGAGAGGUUGUGGUUGGGCGCCACUACUCUAAAAGGGAUAUUUCACACUGGCUCGGUUGGAGUUUGAUUUGAGUGCAUCGCACCAUCUGUUGUGUUUUACUUGAAUCAGGAGCAGACUGCAACUCUCUCUCCUUUAUGAACAUAUGGGAGGUUGUUUGGUUUAUUGGUUUUUUUUUUUACGUCCAUUUUGGCAGCAUUAAAGUAAUGGAUUUUAGCAGCAGGAAGACAACAGAUGGUGUAAAAUAAUGACUCAAGUCAAAUUUAGACCAUUUCACAGCAGAAGACAUCAUCUCUGGUGCUGGAGUGAAGUAUCC